AUGACGCGCCACCUCACGCGCGCGCCCGUCGCCGCCUCCCCCUCGUUCUCCUCCUCCGGCGGGUUUGCCGUCGCGAUCCUCGGCGCCGCGGGCGGGAUCGGCCAGCCGCUGUCGCUCCUCAUGAAGCGCCAUCCGAUGGUGACGAGCCUCCGCCUCUUCGACGUCGCGCCGCUCGCGAAGGGCGUCGCCGCGGACGUCUCGCACGUCGACAGCGCCGCGCGCGUCGACGGCUUCGUCGGCGAUACGCAGCUCGGCGCGGCGCUCCACGGCGCGGACGUCGUCCUGAUCCCCGCGGGCGUCCCGCGGAAGCCCGGGAUGACGCGCGACGACCUCUUCAACGUCAACGCGGGCAUCGUUCGCGACCUCACCGCCGCCGUCGCGACGCACGCGCCGGCGGCGAUACUUCUCGUCAUCUCAAACCCAGUCAACUCCACCGUGCCGAUCGCCGCGGAGGUUUUGAAGACGCGCGGCGUGUACGACCCGAAGAAGUUGAUGGGCGUGACGCACCUGGACGUCAUGCGUGCGCGGACGUUCGUCGCGGACGCCGUCGGGGGCGAAGAGGAUGGCGAACGCCGCCGCGCGUCAGAACGGCCCUCGUACGACGUCCCCGUGGUGGGCGGGCACGCGGGCGUCACGAUACUCCCGCUGUUGUCGCAGACGAAACCGUUCCCUCGCGGCGGUUUCAGCGAAAAGGAGAUCGCAUCGCUGACGGACCGGAUUCAGAACGGCGGGACCGAGGUCGUGGAGGCCAAGGCGGGCGCGGGCAGCGCGACGCUCUCGAUGGCCGCCGCCGCCGCGGAGUUUGCCGAUCUCGCGUUGCGAGGUUUGGCCGGCGAGCGCGGCGCGUGGGGAUGCGCGUACGUCGACGGCGGCGGCGGCUCCGAGAUCAAGGCGCGCGGCUUGGAGUUCUUCGCGUCCAAGGUGAGGCUCGGGCGGCGCGGCGUGGAGCAGAUCGCGGGGCUCGGGCGGAUGACGCCGGGCGAACGCGUUGGGUUGGAGAAGGCGUGCGAGGAGCUGCGAGGGUCCAUCGCGAAAGGGAAGGCGUUCGUCGCGGCGGGCGGCGGCGACGGCGGCGGCGCGAAGAAGUGA